UGUUAUAGGGUUGAGCGGCGAAGCUAAAGCAAGCUAGCCGGAAACAAAUGUUUCUUAAAGAGCUCCAGACCUACACAAAAUGACAAUAAAAAGACAGAAGGAGAAAGUACGAGGAUACAGCAAAAAGUUCCACAGCUGAGAAGAACGUUUCCGUGAUCAGCUGAUGAAGAGAUAAUUGAAUUAUCAAGGAGAAAUUAUUAAUGGUUUUAAAGAAGAGAAGAAAUGAGUCACAGUGCUGAAUGCUGUUUUCAAGCCUAAAGUGCGCUGAAGCAGAGCAGAAAUGUACCAGCUGUUACUGACCAAAGAAGAUGUUCUUCCUGAGCAGAUUGAAGGGAAUCAGUUUCUGGACCAAAAUGACUCAGAUCUUCCAAACAUUAAAGAGGAACAGGAUGACCUCUGGAGUGAAGAUGAAGAAAAACCACAGUCAUCACAGUUUCACCAGAGCCAAACAGGUGAGAGCACAGAAGUGGAGCUUCUUGCCAGCAACUCGACUGAACACACAACAAUGACAGUAGAAACUGAUGGAGAGAACUGUGGAGAAUCACAAGCAGCCAGGAACCCGAGGCCAUGGAGUCAUUUUCAACCACAAACUGAUGACAUGCAGCAGGUCAUGAUAAAAGAAGAAUUUUUCCCCGAACAGCAGGAGGACAUUAAAAAGGAGCAAGAGAAACUUUGGAUAAGUCAGCAGGCACAGCAGCUACAUGAGCUGGAGGACGCUGACAUCAUGAAGUACCCUUUCACUGUUGACCCUGUGAAGAGUGAAGAUGAUGAAAAACCACAGUCCUCACAGGUUCAUCAAAGCCAAAGUGAUGAGAGCACAGAGGCUGUACAUGGAGCCAGCAGCUCAACUGUGCAGAGAACGCUGACAGCACAAGAUGAAGAGGAAUAUGGAGGACCACAACCAGCCUGCAGCUCACGUGCAUAUAAUCAUUUACAACCAGAUACCAUGGGUAGGAGUUCAGACAGUUCUGAAACCGAGACUGAUGACAGUUGUGAAUGGAAAGAAACCAGAGAUCUUUAUUCAGGUUUGAACUGUCAGACAAAGAGCAAUGUCUCAAAACAACACAAAGGAAUGCAAGCAAGUGAAAAAGCAUAUAGUUGCCCUGAGUGUGGUAAAAGAUUUGGUUAUAAACGAAGUCUGAUCACACACUUGAGAAUUCAUAGCGAAGAGAAAUCUUUUGGCUGUUCUGAUUGUGGUAAAAGAUUUGGGCAGAAGAGCAAUCUUAUUUCACACAUGAAAAUUCAUACAGGAGAGAAAACCUUUGGCUGUUCUGAGUGUGGGAAAAAAUUUAGACAGAGGGGUGAGCUGAUGACACACAUGAGAGUUCAUACAGGAGAAAAACCUUUUCACUGUUCUGAUUGUGGUAAAACAUUUGGACAGAAGGGUAAUCUUCUUUUACACAUGAGAAUUCAUACAGGGGAGAAAACAUUUGGCUGUUCUGAGUGUGGAAAAAGAUUUGGACGAAAGGACAAUCUCAUCACACACAUGAGAAUUCAUACAGGAGAGAAACCUUUUGGUUGUUCUAAUUGUGGUAAAAGAUUUGGACAGAAGGGUAAUCUUUUUUCGCACAUGAGAAUUCAUACAGGAGAAAAAUCAUUUGUCUGCUCUGAGUGUGGAAAAAGAUUUAGACAAAAGGUUGAUCUGAUGACACACAUGAGAAUUCAUACAGGUGAGAAACCAUUUGGAUGUUCUGAUUGUUGUAAAAGAUUUGGACAUAAGAACAAUCUGAUCAAACACAUGAAAAUUCAUGCAGGACAUAAAGAAGGAAAAGUUGAAAAAUGAUAAACUAGCCAGACAUUGCCCAGGAUAAGAAGGUCCCCAUAGCAUGUUUAUUGUGUAGG